AAUCAAUGUGUGAUCUUCUCGAUUCAUUUGCUUCCAUCAAUCUUCUUCGUGGGAUCAAAGAAUGGACAGCAACACCGCCGUGGAGAUGUCUCUGAUCGUUAACAGCAACGACAGCACAGCUGCCGCUACCGGACCUAUCGCUGCCACUCCACCCGCGAGCAAAUUCUUUCUCCACGACUCGAAAUUCCGGCGAUUCCUAGUCUCCAAGCCGCUCGAGACCCUGCGAUCCAAAUCCCGGCUCCACUGGCUGCUCCUCUCGCUCAGCAUCCUUUCGAUGCUGACCGGGAUGAUCGCCGGGCAGCUGCUCACGCGAUUCUACUUCGCGGCCGGGGGAUCUCGCAAGUGGCUCUCGACAUGGCUCCAAACGUCGGGAUGGCCGCUGCUGGCGGUGGCCACUGGAUCGAUCUACUGGAAGCGCGGCAUCAAGCUCACGCCGCUCACCCCGGCGCUCGCCGCGACCUACAUCGCACUGGGAUUUCUUGGAGCCCUAGAUAAUUUCAUGUAUGCCUAUGGCCUGGCAUACCUCCCGGCCUCCACGAAUGGCCUCCUCUCCUCCAGCCAGCUCGCAUUCAAUGCGAUCUUCGCGCUGAUCAUCACGCGCCAGAGGAUCAAUCCCUUCGGGUGGAACGCGAUCGUGCUGGUGAGCAGCGCCGCCAUGAUCUUGGCGCUUCACUCCGACGAUGAGAAGCUCCCGGGCGUGACGAGGAAGGAGGUCGUCCUGGGCUACGUGAUGACGAUCGGCGCCGCGGCGCUGUUUGGAUUGCUCUACCCUCUCAUCGAGCUUGCAAUCCGGAAAUUUCUCACCAGAUCGAGCGACGGCGGCGCCGCCGCCGUCGUGUUGGAGAUGCAAACCCUGCUCUCGCUCAUCUCCACCGCGGUGGCCAGCGUCGCCAUGGCGAUCAACCACGAUUUCCUGGCGAUCCCGGGCGAGUCGCGGCGAUUCAAGGCCGGCGCUGCGAGCUACUACCUCACGCUCGUCUCCACCGCCGUGUCGUGGCAAUUCGCAUUCUUGGGAACGCUGGGGAUAAUCUUCCUCUCCUCGUCGCUGCUCGCGGGCGUGAUUUUGGCGCUCGCGAUUCCCAUCGGCUCCAUAUUCGCGGUCAUCUUCUUUGGCGAUAGCUUCGGCGGCGUCAAGAUCAUGUCCAUGCUGCUCUCGCUCUGGGGAUUUGUGUCUUACACCUUUGGCGGAUACGUGGACAUGAAGAAGGCUUCCAAGUUGGAGCCCUAAAAUAAAGAAUAUUUUAGUUUUCGUCUUCUACCAAAGGAAAAAAAUUAAGGAUAAAUAUUCAUUA